AUGGCUUCCGAGAUUCACAGGCGGAGGACGGGCCGGGGAUUGAAGGUCACCGAGGAGAUUGUUAUCAAGGAGGAGAUGUACGAGGAAGAAGAGGAUGAUCUGCCGAGACAGUUCAGACACCUUACCCGCCACCUUCAGACCAACUCACCAACUAUGAACCACCGGGUCUCUGCGUACAUCACCACACAAGCAGCGAUGGCGUCAAUGGCGAGAUACAACGAGGUCAACAGGCUCUUUAGCGAAUCGUUUCCCAGUGCCGCGGCACUCCAGCAGCAACUUAACAACUCCAUUUACAUGGCGCCUCUGAUGACGAACAACUCCCACUUCUCACCGACAUCACCGACUAUGCCAUCUCCAUCGGCACAGACAGACUCGAGCUUCCCUGGCAUGGAUCGCAGGAUUUCCACAGCGACCACGGCGACAACAUCAUGCUCGACUCCGCCAGCACUUUCACCUUCACCUUCAUCACACACCAUCAGUACUCCUGACUUGAGGCUCACUCCGCGACAGUCUUCGGCACAAAUGUACCCACCGCUGGACGUCCAGCCCCAGCAGCAGCAACAUACAUCUGCCUUUACGUCAGAGCUGUCAAACGAGGCCAAGAUGCUCGGCAUGGUCAAUAUUGAUGUCAAUGACCCCAUGGCGCAAUACUUUUUCGGCGGGGAUUCUUCCAGCUUCAACUUUUACGACCCUCAGUCGAAUAAGUCCUCGCAGCCUGCCUUGGCGGAUAACAAUGAGUCGGCGUUCGAUAGCGGAGACAACGUGUCACCAACGGACACCACGCCAACAGCCGCCGACGAGAUCUUGUACUCGCCAAUGGAAGGUACAUUCAACAGCCACUUUGAGAACUACAGUCAAGCGGGUACUCCCUCGGCAGCUGGCCUGAUGGCUGAUCCAGGGUGGGACAACUUUAUUGACUUUGGUUCGGAGCAAUGA